AAACAGCAUGACAGACUGCAUUUGGGUGCUCCCGAAAUUUGUCAUGCGCCACUUGAAGACUGAGGCUCCAACUGACAUCGAUUUUGUGCAUCACAAAUUUUUCGAUUUUGUCAAUUUCGAUUCUGACGCUCCCAUACAAAUUCAAAAAAUUGAAAUUGUAUCAGGUCCACCGCUACUGCGUAUGCUGUGCAAAAGUAUCGUACUCGUAUAAAUGCAGGUCUUGCAUUACAAAUUUCUUUGUCAAGGCAAAUCCGCAUUACAAAUUUUAUUUCUCAUGCUGAAAAAAUUUGUAAUGCAUUUAUACGAGUACGAUACUUUUGCAGUUCAUACUGCGUCUCAUUUCACCAAGUGCACCACAAAGCUUUGAGUAAUGCGGA